AUGUCGAUGGACCCCGCAAAUCGUAGGCGUACGGAACUUGAUCAGCAGAUACCCGGAAUUCCUACCACUAUCGCUGUCGAUGACAGUAGCUGUAGAGAUGGCGCGGACAACGAGAACUGCGUGAUUGGUUGGAUCCAGGAGUUCAACCAAGGUGCCGGGAAGGAGCCCAUCAGAGUGUUCUUCAAUCGCAAAGGCGUGAAGCUCGAGAUCGUUAGGAGGAGUAUGCGUAUUGACAGUAAAGCAUACCUCGCGUAUGCGGAAGCUGUUCCCGGCCAUGUGAAGCAGUGGCGUUGUAUGGGCGAGCGGGCGAGGGGUGGUAAGCUGAGCAGCCAGUGCACGUACAAGUCACAAAAGCACCUUGUCAAGCGCCACGUUGAGACGACGCAUAUGAGUAUCAGGCGCUUUCAGUGCAGUUGGUGUGGAAAGCACGCCAUUGUCCGCUACUCCCCUCUGCCAUCCAUACUGACCCGGUCCGUAGAACGUUUACUCAGCGUAGCAACGCUGAGAACUAUCACGUCAACUCACAUACGGGUGAAAGUCCACAUGCAUGUCCUCGUUGUGGCUUGCGCUUCAAAGACCCGUCAAAGAUCUAUAGGCAUCUCUCGCGUGACCAUGGCGAAGCACCUCGCGGUAGACGCCAGCGAUGAACCUCGUACUCAGUAUCUGGCUCCAUUCAAGCUCACCAUGGUUUCCGAGGUUGCUCCUCAUCACGUUGCUCUAUCAACUCCCGAUCAUUUGCUACUUUCCAUCGACAUGUGA